UAAUGCAAGGCCAUAUAUUAACUAUAAAGACAGAAAAUGAUUGGAAACAACUUGUUCUUCAAAAUCAAAAACCAGUCAUUGUUGAUUUCUAUGCAGAUUGGUUUUUAAAAUUAUUUAUUAUUAUAGGUGUGGUCCAUGUAAGGUCUUAAAACCUAAACUCCAUAAUCUCCAUGAAUAAAGUUAAGGAAAAUGGGAAUUAGCAGUAGUAGAUGUUGAUAUUGAAGAGUUAUAAAAGAUUUCAUCAUAAUAUGCUGUAUGAGAUUUUAAUAAGUGUUUAGAGUAAAGGAAUUCCAGCUGUUUAUUUAUUCCAUAAAGGUGAAAAAGUUAGUGACUUUUUGGGCAAUAAUGAAGCAAAAGCAAAGGAGAUGGCUUCAAAAGCAGCAUCAUUAUGAG